AUGAAGAAAUUCACUACCGUGUUAUCUGCUUCUGGAUAUAAAAGCCCUUCUGGGUCGGCGUCUGGCACUCGCCUUCUCACGCCGACUGCAAUAUGUGCAGGACAGUAUUUGUGCUGGUUUGCGCUGCCCUUCUUUUGGCAUUCGCGGGAGCCAAUCCUGUACCCGAACCUGGAUUUGGUGGGCACGGAUUCGGACACGGAGGUUUCGGACAUGGAGGAUUCGGACACCGCGGGUUUGGAGGUUUCGGACACGGUGGAUUCGGAGGUUUCGGACACGGUGGUUAUGGUCGCUGAAACAGAGCCAUAACCUUCGGGUUGGACAGAGCCAUGGAAAAUGACAAAGAAUAAAUACA